UAACCUGCAAUUAUCAAAUGAAACUGUCAUUUUUGUAUACAUUCAGCAUUCAACACUGUUAUGGUGGUUUACAUUGGGGUAGUUUCACGUUUGAGCGAAACAUAUGGUACCCAAAUAUAAAUCUCUUUAACUCCGCAUUUCCUCUAGUCUAGUUUCUUACUUAUUGAUGGCUGUGUUAUCUUUUUGAGAGUAUUUUUUCGUACUAAUCCUAUUUAAUAACAAUGUUUCAACUCUUUGUCCUCCUCACUUUUGUCGCUGCAUUUCCUCCCUCAUUUGCUGUUUCCAGUGAUUUGGACGCAGUUGUGGUAGUCUUUCGCCACGGCGACAGGACUCCAGUGAGUCCAUAUCCAAAUGACCCCUACAAGAACCGGUCCUAUUGGCCAGUCGACUGGGGAAUGUUAACAAAUGUGGGCAAACUUCGGCAUUACAACUUAGGCCAAUACUUCCGACAACGAUACGUCGACUUCCUUCCUCGGUUGUACUCGGAGAAAGACAUCUACGUUCGAUCUACAGACGUAGAUCGAACUCUGAUGUCUGCUCAAGCGAAUCUGGCUGGUCUUUAUCCGCCGGUUGGCACCGAUGUCUGGAAAGAUAACCUGGCAUGGCAACCAAUACCUAUACAUUCCAUACCUGAAAACAUGGAUGCUGUGCUAGCGGCCAAGAAACCGUGUCCUUUGUACGAUAUAUAUUUGCAAGAUUUAUUUAAAAGCGAAUAUUUUUGGAAGGUGAACCGUUUAAAUCAUGAUCUGUAUGCCUAUUUGAGUAGGUAUUCGGGUAGGACUGUGAGUACUCUCAAAAGUCUGGAAUACCUAUAUAACACUCUCUUCAUUGAAGCUUCCAACAAUUUCACAUUGCCCAAUUGGACCAAUACAGUUUACCCGAAGAAAAUGCAACCGUGGGCGGCUUUAAGCUUUGCCACGGCGACUUUUAAUGAGAAGCUGGCCCGUUUGAAAUCCGGUCCUUUUUUCAAUGAAUUAAUCACUUAUUUUAAAAAUCGUACUGAUACACCCAAAGGGGCCCAGUACUAUUCUCCAAAGUUCUUGAUGUAUUCCGCCCAUGACACCACCGUUGCAAACUUGCUUAAUUCCAUGGGAGCGUUUGAGUAUCAUUGUCCUCCAUACACGGCAACCAUAAUCUUCGAACUACAUAAACCUAGUCAGGGUUCGCCUUAUUUGAAUAUUUUUUACAAAAACACCUCCGAAGCUCUUCCAGUUAAACUCGAAACAUGCGAUAUCAACUGUGACUUCCAGUCCUUUCAGAAAAUUAUGGCCCCCAUUACUAUUAGUGUUGCUGAAUGGAAGUCAGAGUGUAAUAGUGUUAUCGCUCAAAAAAUUGCAUAUUUUGCAAUGUUUGUGGUGUUGUUUUUCAUGGUUAUUAGCAUCGUAUUAUUUGCCACGAUAGCAAUGAAAAAUCGACGAAGACCAGUUCAGUUGUUGUACACUCAACUGCCUGGCGAAUACAAUUAAUUUGAAAUUGCGUCGCUGAAAAUUGCACAAUCCUAUCCUGACAAUUCAAUGAAAUUUCCCUAAAUCCGUCUUCUUGUGUAUGUGCAUCUGAUUUUCUUUAGUGACCCAUAUUCACAUCGAGUUUCGUUCAGUCUGGACACUGGUUGCAUUUCUUUAAAAAAAAUCUUUAUAAUCUGUCCGACAUAGAUUUUAACAAAAAAACAAUGUGAAGGAAAGCCAAUAAAUUUACUACCGAAAA